UUACGUCAGCUGAUGUAAACAAACACUGCCACGUGUUAUGUUGGCCAUAAAGAGCACUGUCUUUCGUAAGUGUUGUGUCAUUCCUGGUAACAAUGCGAGCUGUACUGCUAGCGGCUGGUUAUGGGACAAGAUUAGAUCGUGAUUUACGGAACGAUGAAAGUGGCCGCUACACUCACCUUAUUGGUGUCCCAAAGCCUCUGCUCCCGAUUGGUCAGCAUCCACUCCUUAGUCACUGGAUCCACAUCUUUAAGCAGUGCAGUGCAAUAUCAGCCAUUGUGGUGGUGGUAAAUGAAUUGCAUAAAGAAUUAUAUGAAAAAUGGGCAGCCUCAUUAGAUAUGAAAGUGAGUAUUGUCAGUGAUGGCUCCAUUUGCAAUGAUAAGAGAUCAGGUGCUGUUGCAUGUAUGCAGCUUGGUUUGCAGGAAAAGAAAGAAGAUACACUGUUCAUUGCAGGGGAUACCUUGUUUAAGAAAGAUUUUUCUUUUGGUGGUGUAAUAUCAGAAUUCUGUAAUCUUCAAAUAAAAAAUAAAGGUGCUUGCUUAAUACUGAGUGCACCAGUUGCUGAAGAAAAUGUAUCUAAACAUGGGAUAAUAGAAGUGUCAGACUCAGAAAGGGUGACUAAAUUUGUUGAAAAACCCCAACCAUCGGAAACUACAUCAAGGCUCCAGUGUCCAUGUUUUUACAUUAUUUCAAGAGAAAGUUUGCAACAUCUGGAGGACUUUUUAGAAGAAAUGAGGGACAAGCCCCUGAAGACACGUGAUGCAACAGGAACAUUCAUAUCUGAACUUAUAAAUCGAGCUCCUGUCUACGCCCAUCAUGUCAGUCAUCGAUAUGAUGUUGGUAAUCUUCAGUCUUACCUUCAGUGCCAUGAAGACUUUUUGUAAGAAAUAUGGAAGAGCAAUUCCAAAGAUUAAUUUAUGGAAUUUGUUAAAGAUACAAUAAUCAGUAUAAUAUAAAAAGAACAAAAAGAAAAAAGAAGAAAUCAAGUUGAAGUAACUUUUCAGUUAGAAAAAGAUUGAACUGUAAAGCUCAAAGUGAUAGCAGGGAUGUACAUUUAUUUUGACUCUAUCUAUUUCAAUAAACACUUUCUUAUUUACCUCUGUCAUUUUCUGUAAAUGCUCUCUUGUUUUAUAUUGUGAAAUUGACUAGAGAAACUCGGAAACAUGUUUAAAUAUUUUUCUCUUUCAAUGCGCAAGUGAAAUUUGACUCAAGGUCUGCUAAUUUGAUAACAGUAUAUAAAGUCUUUAUUAUGUAUUAUUGUCUUUAUUUCCUUUCGUUUUGUUUGAUAAGCCAUUGCUAAGCAGCAUCUAUUCAGCAUUAAUCAUGGAGUAUAUUUCUGCAUUUAUGGUAUAAAUUAAUAAUUACUUAGUUGAUAUAUGUAGGUAUUUAUUUAUUUAUUUAUAAGCUUCCAAAGUACAAUUUAGCUGAGUGUAGAGUUUAUUUUUGAAGUUGAGUGUUGGUAUUUCGGGUGGUUGGUGAGGUUUUGUGUCAUUGAUUUUUGAAUAUACAAUAAGGUCUGAUAUUUCAGGCAAUGAAAUGGCUUUAGUUAUGGUAUACAUAGAUUAAAUUUUGUGUUGAAGCAAUUCUAGCCACUUUUGUAAAUUAAAGAUACAUUUCUCAAUGUAGCUAUAUGAUUUGGCAUUAACUCUGAAUUUUGGAAAAUAUUAACAACAUAGAACAUUAACAACAAAAACUCAAUAACAAGAGCAAUGUUAUGCUAGGUUAGACUGUUAGCAGAUGACUUGUACAGAGGAAGAAGCUGUUAUUUAUAUAGCAGCAUUUGAUGUGUCAUAGCUUUAAAAAUUGCAGUAAUGCUACAUAUACUAUAACUGUAGUCACUGCCUAUGAAGAAAUAAAGAUAUUUUUUCCUU